ACGGAGGGGAUGAGAUUAGAUGCUAACUGAUUAAAGGGUUGGCACGGUACUAACCACUUCUCUAAUCGUUGGAUUAAAAUAUCAAUUUAAGAGUAAGAAUUAAAUGGAGGUUAUUUUAGUAAGUGUAUUCAUUAGUUCUCCUAAACCCUAAGAAACUCUCGCCCUCUCUCUCACAAUUCCCUCUACAAGAAAAUGACUCACUGCCUCCCAUGUCUCUCUCUACUGCAAACCACUCCCUGCUACUACCAAGACUGUAGAUCUAGAAUGGAGGUCAAGGUCGAGGUCGCUGUUGCUAUCUACCGGCGAGGGACAGCGGAGCAAAACGGAGGGAGAGUUUCAUCGAGAUCCAUCCCUCGCUGCUGCGGCGUUGUCGAUGUGGCCGCCAGCGUAAACGAAGACGAUGGGCUGGAGAUGUGGUUCGAUUCUGCAGAGAGCCCGAGAUCCAUCAAUCGCCGCCACAACGAAGUCAAUUCCGCCGGCAACGGCGCCGAGUCGUCAGCGUCUCUUGCUCCUAUUCCGCCCGCAACAACGUCGAUUUCCACCCGCAACGACGCUGACCUUGUCUGCGUUGGCUUCCCACCACCAUUGUCGUCAAUUGCUCGUGGAUAGCAUGCGUGUGGAAGAACGAGAAUUUUUUCCAGAUCUAUAUUAUUAUUUGAUUAGUAGUGAUUUUGGGUUAGUAGUGAUUGUGGUGUAUUGUUUUUCAUAUGUAUUAGUAGUUAUUCUUAUUGUAAUCAAUAGUUGAUCAGUCAUAUUUGUAAAGUAUUAGUAGUGUUUUGUAUAUUAGUAGUAAUAUUUGUUCUCUGUAGUACUUUAUUCAUUUACAAUAUUAUUCUUUCCAAACAUCAUCAACUUCUUCUAUUUAAAAAUGUUACUAAAAACAACGAAGUAGUUUUUUCUCUAGUAUUUUUUAACGUUAAAGUUCUUUGUGAAUGAGGAGAGAGAUAAUUUAAAUUUAAUUUGACUAAAUACCAAUAAAGCCCUCUGUUGUCCCUUGGUUAGGACGGUGCUAACUCUUAUACAAUUAGCACCAUAAUUCCUCCUACGGAUGGGCUAUUAGGUCCUUUGUUUAAAAUCCACAUGGACGAUUGAAAAUAGAAAAGAGAGGAAGGCUUUAUUAAUUCACGUGGGUCAUUGAAACAGAAAGGGUGCAGAUGGGCUUUAUUAGGUAAAUUAAGAGCAGAAAAUGAUGAACGGGCUUUAUUAACUAUUUGAUGGGUUAAAAUUUAGUGUUCGUUUGGAAGUUGCGAUUGUUUUGUUGAGAUUGUCAUUAUGCAUGUAUUGUUUACAAUAUAUCGUUUUUUUAGCAGAAACAAUACAUGGAUUGUUUAUGUAAUGUGACAGAAACUAUCACUCAUUUUGAGUGAUUGUUAUAUCUCAACUUUUAGUUGUGAUUGUUGAGAUAGUUGAGUUGAGAUUGUUUUGUCUCAUUUAGCUGAUGCGACAUACACAAUCACACAUACCAAACGUUGUAUUCUACAAUGCAUCAAAUUCGACAAUACAUGUAUAAUAUUAUACAUGCAUUCUCAACAAUACAUCUAUUUAACAAUCGCAACUUCCAAACGACCCCUUAAAACCUGAAUCCUAAACACCAAUGCCAAAUUCGAAAAAGGUACAUCAUGAAGUUUAAAUAUGUUAUUGGAAUUCUCAGUACAUUUGUUUUAGUUAGUGUGUUCUCUCAACAUAUCUAAGGACAUUAUUUAAUAUUGUUUGCGGUCAAUAAAAUAUUAUGUAUUAUAGGAUUAUCAAAUCUAAGAGACAACAAUAUUAUAUAAUACUAACAUAAUGCUCGUAUAACAAGGUUGUCAAACCGGUUUAUUUAGUAAGGGGUCGUUUGGAUGAGUGUUUUGAAUGAGUUAUUUUGGCACAAAUAACUCUUUUUGAGUUAUUUGGGCUAAAAUAACUUGUUUGGCAAUUGAUUUGGCUGAUGUGGUAUUGUGGGCCGCGUUUUUUGAGAAUAACCCAUAAACGCAGUAUUCUAAAUACCACAUAGGGAGAUGUUAUUUGGAAAUAACGCGUUCAACGCUUUUCUCAUCCCAACUCUGUCCCUGCUUUUUCUAUUUCUUCCAGUCCAACUCUCUCCUCACUUCUUCUUUCUUUUUUCUUCGACCCUUUGAUUCUCCUUUGGGGAGCCAAAAUCAAUUGAGCCAAAAUUGAUUUCGUGGCUACUUUUGGAUUCUCCUCUUCGUGCAGAUCAGAUAGAGUAUGCAUAAGCUUAGGUUGCGAAGAACAAAGUGGAAGGAAAGUUAAUCGGCGGCGACGAACGACGAUCUUCUUCUGCGACGAGGCGGCGGCGACGAGGAUGCGAUGGCGACGGCAACACUGGGUUCUCUCGCAGGUUUCUCUAUGUUUCUCGGAGUGUGGCGAGCUUCAUUGACGGUGGCAAGGACGACAUGGAUAGAGACGACGACGACACAGAAACGAGAUAGGAGAGAGGAAUUAGUUUUCGGAUUUAAAGACCGGCCAGGAAUUAUGACGACUGUCGCCGGAUUUCUUCAAUCCCCUACUGUUCUCCCUCUAUGACUAUUCAAUGUAGUCAAAAGCGAGUUUUUAUGUAGAAACGUUUUGAUGAUCUAGAAGCGUAAAAUCGUAAGUUUCUAAGUUUUAAAGCGGAGUUUUUAACUAUAUAAGUUAUAAAAACUGAGAUUCUGU